AUGACUGCAACCGAAAGAUCGCCGCUUGUCGAGAGUAAUUCAGCUGUCAGCGAACCGGAAAAUGGUGGACGGAAUUCCGAAAGGUCUUUCGGAUCGAAUCAGCCUGUCGUUCUAAUUAUCCUUGCGACGUUUCUCGGGGAGUUCCUUGCUAGUGCCGAUGAAUCACUCAUGACUGCCAUAUACACCACUGUGGCCUCUGAGUUCCGUAGUCUCUCGCAAGGGUCAUGGUUGCUGGUAGCAUACAACUUUGGAUACUGUAUUUCCUCUCCCGUGUAUGGCCUACUCGGAGAUCUCUUUGGACGCAAGAAUAUUAUCAUUUGGUCUUUCUGUUUCUUUUUGGUAGGAUGUAUUGCCUGUGGAGCCAGUACAUCUAUGAUCCAAUUAAUCACGGCCAGGUUUCUGGCUGGACUAAGUGGCGCAGGCGUAGUCUCGUUAGUUGCGGUCAUAAUCACUGAACUUGUUCCUCCCAGUGAUGUCGCGAUCUUUCGGAGCUAUGGGAACACGAUCAACAUAGUCGGACGCAGCCUGGGAGGGCCCAUUGGAGGCUUUCUGUCCCAGGCGGUAGGAUGGAGAUGGUACGUGUUCCUGCAGAUGUAUAUCGCCUACAGUCGCAGUGCGCUCAUCCCUACCACGGUUCCCUAUUUUAUCCGAGUACAUAAUGCGAGCGACUUUACCGCAUCCCUUGUUAACCUGGCCGCUAUGGCGGGCGUGCCUAUCGCAUCCUACCUCAGUGGCAUCUGGAUCAAGCGCACUGGCCGUUACAAGACGAUGGGGCUCAUCUCCGCUUGUACGAUAGCAUUGGUAUAUCUGCUUGUUUUCUUCCGUUGGCGAUACAGUUGUAGCCCGUGGGAGGUCUUAUACCUUCUCCCAUAUGGCCUUGCAAUGGGCGUCCUUUUUACAACCCAGUUCAGCGGCAUGAACGCAGAAGUACCGACAGACCGUGUGGGGCAAUGCAUCGGCACGUAUUAUCUGUUCCAGCAACUUGGACGCAUCCUAGGUCCAGUUUUCGGUCUUUCCUUGACGCAGCAGCUUUUUAAAGGCAGUCUGUGGAAGAGUCUGGGCCCAGUCCCCAAGAAACAAGAGCUCAUCCAACGCAUUUUGGACGAUGCGCGAUUCGCAAUCACACUCCCUAAGCCGACACAGCAGACUGUCCGCUUGAGCUAUCUGACCGGAUUCCAAGUCGUACCCCUCUUCGGUACACUGUGUACAGUUCUAUCUUUUCCGCUGAUGAUACUUGAUUGGGAGCGGUCAUAG